AUGCCACGUCAGAUUGUUGUAAUCGUCCUAGCAGGGGUUGCAGUGAUUUUGAGCGUCAAUGCAGAGCAGACCGAUCCACUAACGAGCUGCGUAGAAUUUGGCGGAACGUGUGACCAGCAUCGUAGUUGCUGCGGUGAAAACCUCAAGUGCGACCAGUCGAUUACUUUCGGCAGAUACGAGUGCAAAGAAAAAGCAAAAUUGGGCGAUUCGUGUCGACAAGCAUUCCAGUGCGUUGACAUUCUGCACUCUGUAUGUUCGAAAAAUGAGUGCAUGUGUCGACAAAACAACGUCAGAGUUAGCAACUACGCCUGCGCCCCAAUCUUAAAUGGCUAUUGUUGGAAAAACGAGACCUGCGCGACGGAGAAUUCACUGUGUAUUGAUAAUGAGUGUCAAUGCAGAGACGGAUUUUUAGCGGAGGCCAACGAGUGUCUGCCAGUUGUAAUUGGAUCGAAAUGCAGUGACGAUGCAGCGUGCGCAAGUGUCAAAUUGGCAAAGUGCUUUUCAAACAAUGUUUGUGCCUGCUCACAAGAAGCGAUUGCAAUCAAUGGAAGGUUGUGCUUGGUACGUUUGGGAAAAACUUGUCAAACUAAUGACGAUUGUGCUGUCGGAAAUUCUUGGUGCGACGACAAUAAGUGUCAAUGUAGAGCUAAUCAUUUUGCCUACUCUGAGAUCGAAUGUAGACUCAUCUUCAUGGGAAUGCCUUGCAAUAAAUCAAGGGAGUGCUUCGUUCAUUUCAGUGACUCACGCUGCAUUAACAAAACCUGUCAAUGUAGACGAAAUUACGCGCUGAGGAACGGAAAUGCAUGCUUACAAGUGACAACAACGUAUUGUUCAACAAUCGAUAAGUGCUUGGACCCUGAAUCUUUUUGCAUUGACAAUCAGUGUCAAUGCAGGUCCGACUAUGUGAUGCGGAAGUUAAAAUGUCUGCCAAAACAAUUGAUGGGACGAUGCAGUAAGGAUUCAGACUGUUCCGAAGUGAAGUUUGCAAAGUGUUUAAAUAAACAAUGCGCUUGUAUGAGCGGAUACUUCGAUGUCAAUGCAACCGCUUGCGCAAAAGCUCUUGGUGGGAGUUGCAGUGUCAAUAAAGAUUGUGCUGUCAAAUCCUCUCAUUGUUUUGGAAAAACUUGUCAAUGCAAUGAAGGCUACAUACAGUAUACCGAGAGUCAAUGCGUAGCAACGAAACUAGGGACAACUUGUUUUGACAAAAGCGCUUGCGAUCUGAUAAAAAACGCGCAUUGCUUUGAGAAUCAAUGCAGUUGCAAUGACAACCAUGUUGAAACGAAUGCAUUCACAUGUGCUCCGGUGCUCAACGUCACCUGCUCUGAUGACCUGAAGUGCGCUCCCGAGAACUCGGUCUGCAUUGAUCAUAAGUGUCAAUGCGAGUUCAGUUACUUCCCGAAGUCCAACUACGAGUGUGUCUUACUGUACCUGGAACAGCAAUGCAGAAUUGACAAGGACUGCAUUGACAUCUCCCACGCAAAGUGUUCUGUCGCUGAAAAAUGCAUCUGCCAUAAGAAUUACAAGCGAACUGGCCCAAAAACUUGUUCGCCAACUUUGGGAGGUUAUUGCACAAGCAACAGGGACUGUGUCACUGUCAAUUCAGAGUGUUACAGGAACCAAUGUCACUGUUCCGCAGAAUACAUGCAGCGCUCUGAUGACCUCUGCUCAUCUGUGUUCCUGGAUCAGAAGUGCGAUAUUCACAAAGAUUGUAAUAAAAUAUUAGACGCUGAGUGUUUCAACAAAAAAUGUCAAUGCAGGCGAGGGUACACAAAGUUUGACGACCAGAAGUGCUUGCCCCUGAUUGGCACAAGCUGCACAGAACACAAAGAGUGUGCUGUCUACAAUUCUAAUUGCGUUGAAAAUACGUGUCAAUGCUUGGAGACUUAUGUUUCGUAUACUGAGUCACAGUGUUUGCCGAGUAAGUACUGA